UAUGAGGCGGCGGGAGCCAAUCGCGGCCCAAGAGGGCGAAGCUGCCUGCCACCUGGGCUCAGGUGAGCUCCUCUCGGCUUCCCGGCGUUACUCGGCGCGCGGGAUGGACGGCACCCGGAAGGCUUCGGAAGAUGGCCGAGCCGAGGCGGAGUUCCCGCAAGUGGAGCUCCUGGAAAGCCAUGACUCGGACCCAGAGCAGCCGCAGGGCCCUGGGGAGAGGCGACAGCCCGGGAGUCCCCAAAGCAGCCUGAGUGAGGUGGCGGGGGGCUCGGCCAGGAACCUUCCGGAUGAGAAGAAGCCGCCUCCUCCUCGCCCGGGCCCCCUGGCCAUGCCGCCGCACAGCCUGGGCUACGGCGCCUUCCGCCGCCUGGGGUCGGCCAGCCGAGAACCGCCGUCGCCGGGCGCCGCCUGGGCGGAGCAGCCCCGGGAUGGCGAGGCGGCGGCCGGAGCCGAGCUGGAGCCCUGGGCUGCGCCGGGAGAGCAGCCGUCCGGCUCCUGGGCGCCCAUGGAACUGCAGGUGGACGUGCGCGUGAAGCCGAUGGGCGCCGCCGUUGGCAGCCAAGCACCCCCGCCGUCGCCGUCCUCGCGCUUCCUCACCGUGCCGGUGCCCGAGUCCCCCGCCUCCCUCGCGCACCCGCUGUCGUCCACCGAAGGCCAGGACUCGCCGCUGGCCGUUGGCCCGACGGAGCGCGGCAGCGACGCCAAGGGCCGCGCGGGCUCGCCCGGCUCUCCCACGUGCCGCUGUCGCUGCAAGGAGCACGAAGUGGAUGAAGAGGCGGUGCAGCUGCUGCGUGCAGGCUGGGACACCAAGAAGCUCCCCCGAGCGAUGACGCUCAUAGGCCUGCCCACCUACAUGAAGUCCCUGCGCUGGGCCCUGGCGGUCAUGGCCGUGCUGCUGGCUGUCUCCACGGUUGUCAUUGUCAUCCUGGCCUCUAAGACAGGAGGCCGGUGCCAGCCAUGCCCGCGGGGCUGGAUAUGGUCAGAGGAGCACUGUUACUACCUCUCUGCAGAGGCACGAACCUGGGAGGCCAGCCAGGCUUUCUGCUCAGCCCACCAUGCCACCCUCCCGCUGCUGAGCCACACCCAGGACUUCCUGAGCAGAUACCCCAUAACCAAGCAGUCGUGGCUGGGGGCCCGGCGAGGCCCCCAGGGCUGGUACUGGACUGAUGGGGUGCCCCUACCGCCCCAGCUGCUCCCAGAGGAGGAUGACCCGGCUGUCAGCUGCGGGAGCCUGGAGGAGGGCAGGCUUGUGGCUGUGAACUGCAGCUCUCCCAGACCCUGGGUCUGUACCAGGCACGCCCAGUGACUCCAAUGCCAUCUGCCCUGAGCCCAAAGGGGACCCAGGUGAGACCUGGAGCUGCCUCCCUGGGCCCUAGCUGUUAGCCGUCCCUGCUGUGUGCUCAGGGGUGCUGCAGGAGUCACCCAGGGUACUGGACUCACGAUGCAAGGUCACAUCCAAGGAGCAGGAGCCCCUCUGUGGCUGCAGUGCAGCUGCUGGUUUAGGUCGGCAGCAUCUGAGGCUGCUUUGAUCCCUGACUCUGGGUGGUUUCGUAACCGUUCUGUCUCACUUUCCCUCAUUAAAAUGGCCAUUGCCCAUUCUCCCAUCGACUGCCUCACCACCCUGUUUCUGUCCAGGAGGAAGUCAGGGAGAGCGUCGUGUGCUGCUUGGUGCAAGAGCUGUGCAGUGGGGACGUGAUGCCUGGAGUGUCAAGGCGUGGUUUCCUCCAGUCCCCUGAGUGUUGGCCAACCCAGCUGGUAGGGCCCGCAGGGUCCCCAGGGCAUGCAUGACCGAGGCAGGGAGGAAGCAGAGGAAGUUAAGGGCACUCCAGCUUGGUAGGCAAAAGUGGCAGCAAGGCCAGGCACCUGGGGAAUGCAGGCAAGCGGAAGGUAGCUCCUGCACCCUCAGCCUUAGCAGCCCAAGAGGCCUGCACAGAGGUGCUCAGAAGAGGCUCUGCACAUUUUCUGGGCUAGACCUCCCCAAGCAAUGGUACUGUGCCUGGGCCUUGUCUCUGUGUCAAACCUGUACUCCAACCAUUGCAUGCAAACUUGUGAACCAAUUAUUCCAUGCAAACGAACCUUCCUCUGUACAGUCAGACCACAAACCCAAGCUCCAACCAAAGAAUCCUUUAUCAGAGCCAGCACUGUGAUACAGUGAGUUCAGCUGCCACUUGCAAUGCCAGCAUUCCAUGCAGGAGCUCAAGUUCAAGUCCUGGCUAUUCCACUUCCAAUCCAGCUUCCUGCUAAUAUGCUAGGAGGCAGCAGAAUAGGGAAUGAGUGCCUGGGCCCCUACCAUUCACUAGGAGACUUGGAUGAAGCUCCUGGCUCCAGUCAUCUUGUGG